CAUUUUUUGACGUUUUGAGCCUUCCCGCGAUACGUUUUGAGCCUUCCCGCGAUGGCGCAGCCUCAGCCCGAAGGUAUCAAUGCGCAGACGGCUCGACAGUUACCAUGGAAAAGCCGAACGUUGCAUGUGCUGCAGGCAAGGCAUCUGUGGCCACCGGCGAGUCAGCCACGACCUCUCAGCAGCAGCAGCCGUCGGGUCCCCUCGCCAUGGCAACAGCGGCUGCCGUCGGCAUCACGGGCAAUGGCAAUGGCAACGGCGGACACGAGCCUGACAUCAGCUCAGCUGCCGGCGGAUGGAUGGAUGGAUGUCCUCUCUUCCGCGUGUUGUCGUCGCUGCAGUGUCUGCUGGUGAGGGUCGUGUGUACGGGCAGCGGGAGUGGAAACUGAUCACCCCGUGGCUCAAGGGUGCUGGACACACACACGGCACAUCCACCAUCCACAGCGAGCCGUGUUUGCAAUGGUCCUCCUUGGCUGUGUAUGGUCUGUGUGUGCAGUUGGUGACAAGGUGAGUGUGCUCAACGCCAAUCCGCUGUACGUGGAGGCCGAGUGCGUCGAGGGCGACCGCAAGGGCGUCACCGGCAGGUUCAUGUCCAAAUGCGUCAACUCCGACAACACAUUCGUCGGUACGUCGGCAGCCGCCCAAAGCGCAGAGAGGGGGAGGGAACUAUGCAGAGCGGUCUGGUGUGUUGUGUUGUUGGGUCUGUCAGGUGAGAUCGUGAUGCCUAGUGGUGGUGGUGACGUUAGUGCUGCUGCUGCUGCGGGUACGAAUUUCAAUACUCAGACGAUAACCGACACACACACCUAUGAGGCCUCCUCCGUCUCCUCCGUGUUGCAGGUUCGUUCUCGAUGGCGUAUCCCGGUCCGUCUGUGUCGGCCUACCCCGCCGUGCAGACCGCACUCAGCCACUACGGCUACUACCCAACGCCAUACAACGGAGGAGAGGGUGAGGGGAGCACACCGACACGCUGGACGAGGACGGGUGUACACGUGUGUCUGCCCCUUUGGCAGGUCCGCGUGUGCCGGGGGCGGGUACCAUGGUGCAGGAGGUGAUCGUGGAGAGACCCAAUGGCGGCGUCAUGCAGGGUGAGUGGGUGGACAGAGGGGCGCGGGAGGAGGGUGGCGGCAUCGGGUCAUACGUCUGUGUGUCUGUGUGUCUGUCUGUCUGUCUGUUGUGUGUAGGUUUCCGUCCGAUGGUUGGUGACAUGCCGAGCUACGCUGCGCCCUUCACAAGCAUGCCCGGCUACUUGGCUUACCUGACAGGUACAUGGCCCUCCCCCCUCUCCCCUUCCCCAUCCCCGCACACACAUGUCCGUGUGCAACGAUCCCAUCCACCCCCCUGUGUGUGUGUAGAUGCUGACGAGAAGGCCAAGGUGAUGAGUAAGUUGUUGAGCGCUACGGCCCCUGCCGACAUCAGAGCGGCGGUGCAGGAGUACAUCCAGCCCAUUCUGCCCGUCGCCUGGGUAUCCAAAGUCUGCGCCAACAUGGUCAUCGAAUACUGCAAAGCCAAAGUAAGCCGGGAUGGCUGGAUGGACACAAGAGACCGAGACACAUUGCGUGUGUUGGCUUCCCCUUUGUCAGCUGACGUCUGAGGUGCUGGUGGGUCUGGGGAGCGACCCCGCUCCCCCGGCCAAGGCCAUCGCACUCGUGCAGGGGCUCUCCGCCGCCCUGCCGUCGCUCACCGAGACCGCCCCGCCCCCCGACAGCAACACGCCCCUGGCCAUCCUGACAACGCCCGCAUUCCACAAGGCCAUCGCCGACGUAGACAUCGACGCCAUCGACGAGAACACAUACACAAAGCUGCGGGACCUCCUCAUGUCCGAGUACGGAACUAACGAAGAGGUCAUUGUGGUCAUUAUGUCCCUCCCUGUGUGUGCAUGUUGUCAAUGCAGUUCUGAGUUGGUCAACACGUCCUACGUGUAUCUGCUGGCGCUGGUGUGGGUGGCGGUGAUGCUCCUGCGCAAGACCAAGUACACCAACAUCCAGCUGCAGCAGGAGGAUCUGGAGCUGUCGACGGACGGCAUCGUGGGGGUGGGGCUGGAGGCGUGCUUUGCCCCACUGCCAGUGGGCAGCGGCACGGCCGGCAAGGAUGAGAAGGGCGGAGAGGGGGAGGGGGACAAGUGAGUGUCUCUCUCACACACAUCACACACAUAAGGGAGGGGGUAUCUGGGGAGUAGUCAGACGGACGGUAGCCUCGGCAGUUUUUGCAAUGAAUCCAUCCAUCCAUCUGUGUGUCCGUUGGAUCCUUCAGUGCGAUGUUUGUGCAGUCUGACGGCAUGAGACACCGAUCUCAAUCGUAUGCAUGUGUGAAUGGAUGGAUGGAUGUGUGUGUGUGUGUGUUUGUCUUCUCCUUUGCCGCCCUGCCUGCCAAUCGAUUCGCCGUGUCUGGACGUCGCCUCUCCGUGCUUCACCCACCCAGAGGGACGCCUCCUGCCUGCCUGACUGCCUUCCAUUUUCUGGCUAAGUCGUCCGUGUGUGUGGUUUGGGUUGUCCGUGUGUGUGCGUGCGUGUAGACCGUUUGCCGACACUUCGGCAUGGAGCGACUGGAGGGAUGGAAUCAGUUCUGAUUGGCGCACACACAACAAGUCACACAAACGGACAAAUACCACAACGGACACCCUCCCUGUUUACUCAGCU